ACUUCCGGGUGUUGUCUGGCCGCUGCCGCGCGUCUCGGGUCUCCCGGCCACCGCCCGGGUCGUGGAGCCAGGAGCGACGUCACCGCCAUGGCGGGCAUCAAAGCCUUAAUUAGUUUGUCCUUUGGAGGAGCAAUUGGGCUGAUGUUCUUGAUGCUGGGAUGUGCCCUUCCAAUAUACAACCAAUACUGGCCCCUCUUUGUUCUGUUUUUUUACAUCCUUUCACCCAUUCCGUACUGCAUAGCAAGAAGAUUAGUAGACGAUACGGAUGCCAUGAGCAAUGCUUGUAAGGAACUCGCCAUAUUUCUCACAACAGGCAUUGUCGUCUCAGCCUUUGGACUGCCUGUCGUAUUUGCCAGAGCACAUCUGAUCGAGUGGGGAGCCUGCGCACUGGUUCUCACGGGAAACACGGUCAUCUUCGCGACUAUCCUCGGCUUCUUCCUGGUCUUUGGGAGCAGCGAUGACUUCAGCUGGCAACAGUGGUGAAGGGAGCUACUGAACUGUUGUCAUGGGGACUUGUGUCGUCCGUUGGCCGUCCGUGCACAGGAGGGGCCGUGACCCUGAGUUGCGUGUCAAGCCUCUGGGGGUGUCCUAGGUGCUCCCUCUCACUAUUGUACACCUACUGUUUCCACGGGGACUUGCUAAGGAUUAAAAGGAUUUUCUCUUUUGGAAAAGCUUGACUGGUUUCCCACUUCUCUAUACUAUAUGCUUUCCAUGACGUCCUGCUGAAUCGAAACCACUUCCGUGUUUUCCCUGUUGAGUUGUUUUUAAAUCAGUAUGCAAUGUUAAACAUUUUUAAGAUGUAAUAACCAUUUGCAUUGGUUUAGGAAUUCAGAACUUCUGGCUGUAUUAUGGGCUAAAGUACAUAUUUUCUCUAAAAAUCAGUUACUCUCCAUUAUAAUAUAUAUAUAGAUAUAUAUGAGUAAGUUUUUAUUCAGUCAGGAUGACAUCACUCCCAGGUGACUGCAAACAUGCAGAGCGUUGGCAUAGCUUGUACACUAGUUACUCAGUGCAAAGAUAGCUGCAUUUAUGCCUCAGGGGGCCAAGGAGUGCUGCCCAUGCCCUCCCCAAGGGAUGCUGGUGUUACUGGCAGACAGGUGUUUUAUGAAUUGAAAAUUAUUUUAUGGAACUGCCACAAAAGAAUGCUCUUCUCCUCAGUUGUUAGGAGACUUUGUGUUAAACUUUAAGGUACAAGUGUAAACACAAGUUUGGGGAUACAGUUUGUAUUUGUGAUAAUUACGGUCAAAGCAAGUGAGUUGGCGUGUCGGAAGAAGCGACAUGGAAAUGCCCCUGUUGGAGAGCCGCUUCUGUGCAGGGUGGUGAGCCUGGCCCUCCGUCGGCCUCUCAAGGUUUGGAGGGUGGAAUGGACCUGCAUGGGACACCUGCGUUUGCACUGUAGAUACUCAAAACCUUUCCUCUGCUCCCUCCUUUUAACUUAUUUUGUACAUUGUGUAUAUGAAGUAAAAGAACUUUUCAAAUAUAGUUUAAUAACACUUAGAACUGUUUGACUACUAGGAAAACGAUUGCUAUGCCAUCCACUCAGAGUGCUCCUCCCCACAAGGCCUCGGCGUGAUUCACAAGUGACCUGUUGGUCUUGCAGGGGAUCCGGGAACGAACAGUUAUGAAACUUAGACCACGGUAAGAGUAGUCUCCUAACAUUACAGCGUAUUUUAAAAACCCCUAAGGCAGGUUUCCUGUAUACCUCUUAACUCUCUGAGUUCUGGUUUCAUCCUGCUAGAUCUACUAUUGUAAAGGUAUUUAUUGUACGAAUUAAUACUGAGUAGCCAAAUCCAGCUGUGUCCAAGCUUCAACAUAAACCCGACCAAAAACUUCCCAGUGGCCAGGCAUGACCAAACCAUAGCAGUCUUUUGCGUCCUCGAUUCUCAGUACUUAAUCCAAGAGCUGGUUAUGAAAAUGUUCGCGUUGAUCUGACAGUAUUUUGUGAGGACAUUUGUUUGUAUCUUCAGUCUGCUUAUGUUAAAAAAAAAAAAAAGAAGUGUUCUGCCUUUAACUGAAAACGAGUAACCAUGACAACUGUCUUUUGCUGUUUUUCUAGAGUUUAUUUCUCAAAAAAAAAAAAAAAACAGGGGUUGGGGCAUACACAAAGUUUUCUCGCCUUUUUACUAAAGAUGCCUAAAGCUGAAGUUUUCAUUUUGCUUUUGUUUGGCCUGACCAUGUUUUAUCACCUUUGACUGUGAGAUGGGAAGCAGCAAGAAAUGUUCAAAUGUGGCCUGGCCGUUUGUGGGUUAGGCCAAAAGUGGCUUGCUGAGUGAUGAUGAAAGACUCUCGGGAGGAUGUGCGUGCGCACGCGCGGUCAGAACGCUGCCUGCAGUCUGGAAGGGGCGGGAGGUUCCUUCUCUGCUCCUUCCCCUUUUUCUGUUCCCUUCGCAGAUGCCGCGCUGCCCGCCUGGCGGUGGAGCCCUUUUCUAACAGCUGCAUAUUGUUUCUGGCACUGAUUACCAGCGGCAUUGCGUGUCUGCCUAUGGCCCUGGCUCGGCAGUCCCGUCUCCGGUUUCUAGGCUAGUUACUUAAGAGUUUUCCAUGAAUGUGCACCAACACAACAUUGCCAUUCUGCUGUGGAGAGAAAGAAAACUUUUGACGGUGAAACAAUAAAGGUUUUAAAUAUCCA